AUGGGAGUGCGACGUGCUGCUGACGUCAGCAACAGGUUGCUCGACCCCCUCGCGGCCGCUGCUCGUGCACGCAGCUGUGCCCUCGCGCAGUCACGGCCGGGGCGCGCGUGCUCGCGACAGUCCUCCUGCACGAGACCACUGCAGCACACGGCGGCGCGUGCCUCGCGACGCAUCGCGAACAUCAACGGGCACUUCAGCAGGCGGGAAGUGAGGACUGAAAUUUGGUUCAUCAAGUGCAGACUGAAGCUGGGGAAGCUAAAGGUGGUGCGGCGGCAGCUGCUGCAAAGGUAUGAACACCAGCCGUUUGUCUCCUGCCUGGCCGGCCUCUAUGGUUGCCAAUGGAGACGAUACCAAAGAGCCCGGUCACAACCAGGAGAGUGCUGCUGCAGCAAGGUGGAGUGUGGCAGUUUUGGCCUCCUGAUCCUCACCUUCUUCCUGAGUUUUUUGUUCCUCUAUUUCUGGAGUGAAGCUCAGAACGACUACAUCGACUUUGACUGGUUUAACUUUGGGACUCUUGGCUUCUGGUUUCCCUGGUCUCUGGUCCUGCUGGUUGUUGCUGCUGCUCUCUUCACGUACAUCGCUCUGCUCUUGGUGCUGGCCGUGUGCCUUCUUUCUGAGGGUCAAAGGCUUUACCUCCACUGGAGCCACAAGACUGGCAUCGUGGUGACAUUGGCGUUCUCCGUCACAGCCACUGCCAUCCUGUCGGACCUAUGGAGCAAAGAAUGGAAAACUCUGCUUCUCUCUCUGCAGGUGACAGCACCGUUCCUCCAUGUGGCUGCAGUCUCACUAAUGGCGAUUCUCUCCUGGCCAUUAGCAUUACACUUCUUCCGCAUGAACAAAAAAGUGCGUCAGGUGGCUGUCCUGGGUCUUUACCUGUCCGUGCUGUUCUCUCUCUACCUGGUGCCCCUGGGAAUGUACUCGCCCUGCAUUAAAGAAGCAGGAAUGCUGGGACCGACCCCGACAUUGAUCGGACACAGAGGGGCUCCUAUGCUUGCUCCAGAGAAUACGCUGAUGUCGUUUGAGAAGGCAGUGGAAGCUGGAGGAGAAGGACUGGAGACCGACGUCACCAUCAGUUAUGACGGCGUUCCCUUCCUAAUGCAUGACUCCACUCUGAGGAGAACCACUAACGUUGCUGAGGUUUUCCCAAAUCGAACACACCUCGAUGCCUCCCUGUUCACCUGGGCCGAGCUGCAGCAGCUGAAUGCUGGAGACUGGUUCUUAUCGAGGGAUCCGUUUGGUACUGUGUCGUCCCUGACUGAGCUGGACCGCUUGCAGGCACAGAACCAGUCUGUUCCCUCACUGGCCCAGUUCCUGGAGGUGGCGGCCCGUAGCGGCAGACUAGUGCUGUUUGACCUGCGUAGGCCACCAUAUGGACAUCCCUAUGGAGACUCAUACAUCAACACCACUCUGCAGGUGGUGCAGGCCCACAUCAACUCCUCACAGGUGUUGUGGCUGCCGUCUGAGGACAGGGAGUUGGUCCAGGCUGUGGACCCAGAGCUGCAGCAGACCUCAGGAGAAAAAGCCUCUCUUCAGGAACUGACUGAUGGUCACAUCACCAGACUGAACCUGCACUACAGCACCAUGUCUCAACAACAGAUCUGGAAGUACCAGUCAGUGAACAUCAGUACGAACCUGUAUGUGAUCAGCCAGCCGUGGCUCUACACUCUGGCCUGGUGUGCCGGAGCUCAGUCUGUAACCACCAACUCCGUCCACGUCCUGUCCAACAUAAACAAGCCCCUCUUCCUUAUGACUCCAGAAGAAUAUAGUCUGAUGUGGAUUCUGACUGAUGCUGUGUCGGCCUUCCUCAUCAUCGCCAUUUUCAUAUUCCAUUGGUGGAGAGAGAGAGGCCUGCCCUUCUGGUCCGGCAGUCGUCAGACUCAUGAGAACGGACCGUACAGCAAGUUCAGGACGGAGCUAAGUGACGUAUGGUCCGUCUCCAGCGUCAACAUCCGGCCUGAUCUACGGAGCACGCCCAGUUCACCCAUCAGCCCUCACCUGCCAACCAUCACAGAGGAGUGACCACGGGGGAGAGAGAGAGAGAGGGAGAUGGAGGAAGGUAGAAAGAGAGGCAAGACAGAAAGGUACAGAUAGUAGGAGAUGAAAAAGUACACCUUCCAAGAGAGUUGGGGUUAAAUAACCUGUAAACUUGGUUUCAAAUCUUUAAUGUUCGUUGAUUAAAGUAAACAUUUAUCAAAUAAUCAGCAAUCAAAUCAGAUUUUAAAAUAUUCAAGCGUUAACACUCAAAAAUGUUUGUGGUAUGAUUUAAACCUAAAUGUUGAUAUAUUUGUCAUGUCACAUUUUUUCAGUUUUCAGUCUGCUCAAUCAUAAACCAAUGAGAAAACUCUGAAAUUACAGAAGAUUGUGAAGGUCAGUGGGGCCUUAGCUUAAACUGGGUUUUCAAGACCUUUAAAUAAGAAUAGAAAAAUAUGUUGGGGGUGCUAAAAAUUGGGACUAUGAUACCAAGGACAAAACAGAAAAAUGAAACAAGUAAGAGACAGCAACUCUCUUGUCUUUCUCCACUUCCCGUGUCAUCCUCUGUCCGUCUGCGGGCCGAACUGAGCUGCUGAACCAAACCUCACUCACUGAUCUGCCAUCAGUGGACAUGUGGACAUGAGCCCAGGAACACCAGUGUCCAUUUCUACACCAUUAUGUCAUAGAUGCCAUUAAAAUGCCUGGGCAGUGAACUGACGGUGGACAGUUUGAACAGAAGCCCAGAGCCUGACGUGCUUUAGAACAUCUGUUCAUGUUCAUCUGACACAUCUGUGUCAUUCAACACCAUCAGCUGAGCUCAGCACUGAAGACAUGAAAGAAACUUAACCUCACAACAGAAAGAAAACAAUGAAUAUAUUCUGCUGUAGUAGCACGUGAGUCGCUUUCACUUUUACCGUCUCGUGUUUCCAAUUUGCUUCAGAAAAGCCAAAUGUUGGACGGAGGGGGGGCAGCUGAGUGGAGGAGAGGUUCUGAAGGAGGGAAAACUGUAACUUCAGAACCGGGCGACUGUUUAGUGGACGCUGUGUAUCUUCUGUACGAAGUUUACUUUUUCCAUUUCCAGCUGUGCAGAUAUCAGGUGCAUUAGACCAAAUGUUAAACCAUGUCUUAAACUUUAAUCUGUGUAUCUGAGUUGUUGGAUGUGGCGUACGAACUGUGAACUGUUUGACUGACUGAAUGUAAACCCGAGGCUCGAGAAGGUAUCGUUAGUUAAUAUUCAUGUUUGUACUAAGAUGAAUGUAUUCUCCGAUGGGGCCGUGUUUCUCCAAAGCAUAUGAGAAAUGUUCUGGCCGGGUCAUUUCAGUUUGGCUACAAGAUUUGUGCCAAAUGUAUCAGCUGUUCUAAAUAAAGAUUAGAAAUAGAUGCUUUUGAGAAACCAGAGCGUGUUCUCUUUUCACGAGGAAGUGAACACAGCAUCUGCGUUUUCCUCAAAUAUACGCACACGGAAGAAGUGUGAUGUCCUAACCUGAUCUGAUUUCAGGUGCAAAAGCCAGAGUAUCUCAUCUCAACUUUUCAGGUGAAAGCCAUGAGGUCAGGAGCGUUGAUAUUCUGAGGGGCUUUUGCCAGUUUGCUGCACAGUGUUGGAGUCAAAGCAGGACGUGCUGCAGUAAGUGCCAUUUUAAGACUGUUGUUACUUUUCACUGUUUCGAAUCAGAUUCACUUUGUUCACCCAGAACAGAAGAUAAACAAUAAAUUAUUUAGAAAAUGUAACCACAGGGUCUCAGAUAUGUACUUGGAGGCACAAUAUUCUACAGGGUGCAAGGAAUCAACACGAUUCACAGUGCGCUGCUCAGUACAGUCUGAAUCCAUGUGCACACGAUUUUACCCAACUGGCCUUACAGCUCAGAAUCACUUGGAUGUUAAAGUCUGCAAAUGCCACCAACCCAACUUUAUGUGCUCUAUUGUAUUGUAACACGGAAAAGUGGGUAGCAGCAUUUAGUUCAACUGCAUUGGUGUUCCUGUUGAGAACAUACUGUAGCCGCUGAUGUGUUGCUUAGCAUUAGUUCUACAUUGAUCAUUGCCUCACUACAAUCAUUACAGCAGCAUGGCCAUAUUUAUUCUAUUGAAUAUGUUUCCCACCAUAAGACCAGUUCAUUUGAAGUGAGUGGGUUUCGUGUCAGUGCAGUGAAGAUGCCGUUUCCAGCUUUACAUGUUGGAUUUAUCUAACUUCUUUAUAUUAACACUUCUAUAGGUGAGUCUUACACUCUUUGCUCUCGUAGAUUUAAAUGAGGUGUGUAAAAGAGGAUUUAUCCUGGUGAUUCAAGUGGUGACAUCCAUUGAAAAUUCUUAUUUUUCCCAAAACACAGCCAUGUUAAAAGAGGUAGCACUCCAGAGGUGAAAGACUUCACCCUCUGACUGUCAGUAUAUUGACUAUAUUCAAAGAAAUCAACACAUGACGACACAUUAUUUAGCAAAGACUAUAAAACAAAGACUGUUUUUCACAUAAUGAACAAGCAGAUGAACAGGAGAGAAGUGGAUAAUAUGAUGGCAGAAGCGACACCUUUCAUUUAAUGUCUCAUAUUUGUUUGGUACUGUACCUGUAACUCAACCAAGUCUUACCUGCCGUCCUGACGGCAGAGGUUUAACAUCUGGCUUUUUUUUACAUUUAAAUCUAUUUAUUCAAGACAAGUCACAUUAUGGCUGUACUACACUGUCAGAUGACCCUCGCAUGCUGCUCUGCAUGUUAUUUCAGCAAAGAUGAAACAAACAAACCUAAAUUAGUGCAAAUCAUCCAGAAGAUAAAAAUGUGUUUGUGAUAAAAAGAUGGCUUGGCAGAUCUAAAGAACAAAGCUUUGGUGAUCCUUGUCCUUAUCUGAACCAGUCAUCAUCAGCUUUGCUGCCUUGAUACCUGCAAGAGGAAAAUGAAAUAGAGAUGUAAAAGUAUAAAAAACAAUGAUAAUUUGAUUCAACUAGUAAAAAUUCUCCCUAUUUAGCUUUCUUUUUUUGGUCGGUUUGGCUCGAUCAGUGGUGUGAUUUCUAAUUCAUGGCUCUGUACUGAAUGACUAUUUUUAUUAUAUUUCAUUUUACACAUGUUCCCAACCAUUUUUUUUAACUGUAACUUUUCUCUGAUUGUAAAUUCUGCUUUCAUCUGGUAUUAAAACGAAAGAAAAGGUUUGGUUGUUGUUAA